AUGAUGCAUCCUUCUGUGCAUGCAGUGAAGCCGCAGCAGCAGCGGCAACAGCAGCAGCAGCGACAAGACAAGCAGAGCGUGAAUGCUUCUCUAACGAAACAGGCAGAACAAAGGCCAAAGAGAGCGAGAGGCAUCAGCAGAAGCAGCAGGUGCCAGCCCAUCGAGCGCAACGACGCGGGUCUACUCCAGCAGCAGCGGCAGCAGCAGCAACUGCCGCCGGAAGGAGAUGAGCAGCAACAGAAACACCUGCUGCAGGAGGACCUACAACUAAAGCCCUUACAGCAAAGGCAGAAGGAGAAGCUGUUUUCAAGCAGUACAGAAGGCAGCGAAGGGCCCCCUUCCUUCGCUGCUGCUCCUAGGAUGGUAGCCACUUCAAAUGCCACGAGCGACAGCAGACGCAGCAGCAGCAGCAACAGCAAAAGCGUUAAUGGCAUCGGCUGCACUAUCAUCAGCGAAAGCAACAACGCCAUGACCGAAGUGCAUCUCCACUCCGUGGUGCUGCUGGCCAUCGCGGCUCACGCAGCACGCAUCCAAGUUUGGCAGCAGCAGCAGCAGCAACAACAACAGCAGCAGCGCGGGGGCAAUCCUGCUGUCGACGUAGUGGGUCUUCUCCUAGGUCCCGCCGCGGAGAAGCCAGAUUUUGGGGUCACGUCCAUAACGGAGUGCGCAGAACUGCCAGUAUCUUUACUGCAGCACGACAGCAGCAGCAGUUGUAGCAGCAGCAGCGGCUGCUGCAGCUGCAGCAGCUGCACAAGCGGCAGAAAUGUGAUACAAGAGACUGUCUCGCUGCGUCAGGCCUUGGACAAGGCUUUAGUCCCUUUGGGUCUGUAUUUCUUCACCAAAUCUCCACUGCAGAAGAAGCUGCCGCAUGCGCUCACUUCUCUGCUCACGCAGACGACGUGGGGUUCUGGCUUUCCACUCUUGGUUGUCUUCGAUGCUGGAGCCCUUGGCGCUUCUGGUUUGCAUAAGCCCCCCACCCAGUGCUUCCUUUGCAUGCCAAGCAGCAGCAGCAGCAGCGGCGGCGGCGGUGGCGACAACAGCAGGGGGAGCACCAGCGACGUUAGCGAUCUGCAGCUACGACCUGUGCACUUGAGGAUUGAAACGAGCCUCAUGGCUAAAAUAGCUGCAGAGGCGGUAGCGAAAAAGACAGAACCAAUUGGGGCAUUGACGGAGACAAGAGGACAGACAUCAACCGCAGCAGCAGCAGCAGCAGCUCCAGCCAGACUGCAGCAGCAGAUCGAGGCAUUUGAAUGCUGCAGGCGCAAUAUCCAGCGACUGAUCCAGUAUUUGGAGGACGUCAAAUCAGGUGCAUGCAAACCCAAUCCUGCUUUGAUGCGUGAGGCCUUGGGUGUGUGCAAGCGACUCUGCCGACCCGAGGCGCCUGAAACCGCGGGAACAAACGACACAGCAGCUGCUGCCGCUGAAGCUGUUGCUGCUGCAGCGGCUGACGACGAGUACUUCGCAGCUCUUGGUGUGGCGGGAGAUGCAAGUGGCAGCAGCAGCAGCAGCAUCUCAUCCAGCGUGAAGACUGUGCGGGUCUUGCAGCAGCUGCUGCAGCAGUUGCUGCCUUUGAGCAUGUGGGGCCCGCUUCUACAACAGCAGCAGGGUGCGCAGCAGUCGUCGCAAGCCAAAGAAGCACAGCAGCAACAGCGGCAGACAAUUCGUUUGCGGCCAAAGUACUCCUGCUCUGUGAAGGAGCAAGAGACGGAAACUGCAGCUAUGGCAAUUUUAGGGAAGGCGACGAUGGGGCUUGCUGCAGUUCAUGCAGCUGCUCUUGAGCAGAGAGACGCCGCAGCGGCGCUGAAGGCGAUGCAGCAGCUUCUUAGUGCGGAGGCUGACAUGUGA